AUGUGGGGCACGAGGAUACGAGUUCCAGCAGCGCGCUGGUUUCAACCGCCUCGAGCUUUUGCCAGCUCUUUCCGGGGACGCGCCAAUCCUCGCGGUCCCCGGAACUCCAUUCGAAGACCACCACCGAUCAGAAGAGAAGCGACUCCUCAGGAUAAACCAGUAGGGAACACCGGCGACCCGGUCACGGACUAUGAUCCGUCCCAGAACACCCUUUUAUCCCCCGUCUAUAUCCCUGAAGAUCCGCAUGGUGUGCUCAAAGAGUCCCACCCCGCAACAGGGAUUCUCGCGAACUCAGGCCUGGUUAUACAGCGCCAGCUGGAGCUAAUGAAUGUGAUGAUUGGCUUCGAGCAAGCGAACAAGUACGUCAUACUGGAUGCAGCAGGAAACCAUGUUGGAUAUAUGGCAGAACAAGAAAAGGGCAUGGCGAACAUGAUGGCGCGACAGUGGUUCCGGACACAUCGAAGCUUUGUGACGCAUGUCUUUGAUAGGCAUGCGAAUGAAGUCCUUAGGUUUCACCGUCCAUUCUCGUGGAUCAAUUCCCGGAUCAAAGUGUACGAUCCUCUUGAUCCUGCCAGCAACUCCUACUCCUCAUCGACAGGUCUCCAAACAAAUAUCUCUGGUUCUCUUACCCAGGCUACAGAUGCGUCUCAUGCUCGAAUCUCGCCACUCGGACUCGAUCAGAUGCGCGUCAUCGGCGAAGCACAACAGCAGUGGGCACCAUUGCGACGAAAAUAUAAUCUUUUCACAUACCACCAUUCACCAAACCAAGCAACCGAGAUGGGGACGCGAAAGAUACCACUUGAGCAAACCGGCUUAUCGAACGCCCAGCAGAUGCAAAUAGCUCAUACUGCAGAAGGCGAUCGCGACUUUGGCGAGUUCAGUCAGUUUGCUUAUGUCGACGAGCCUUUCUUGUCCUGGGAUUUCUCUUUGCGCUCGGCUGACAGCCGUCUAAUUGGCUCCGUUAAUCGCGAUUUUGUUGGCUUCGCUCGCGAGAUCUUUACAGAUACCGGCGUCUAUGCUCUGCGAAUGGACUCUGCAGCCCUCAAGGCUGUAGAAGCCCCGGACCAGGGUACUGCGAUUACCGGCAUGUCCCUUGAUCAGCGUGCCGUUAUGCUUGCGACUGCUGUCAGCAUUGACUUUGACUACUUCAGUCGACACAGCGGCUCCGGCGGAAUAGGAUUCUUUCCGAUGUGGUUCCCCGGUUUUGGUGGGGACCUCGCAGCUGGUGGCGCCGCUGGCGGUGCUGCCGCCGCCGGCGAAGCUGGAGCUGUAGGGGAGGCCGCUGCCGGGACCGUUGGGCGAGCCGGCGCUGCCGGGGGGCUAGCUGAGGGUGCCGCUGCAGGUGCAGCUGGCGCUGGUACAAUCGCAGGUUAUGAUGCUUUGUCUAGAAGUAGGGGCGAGAGCCAACAGCAAGCCGGUCCACCAGAUCAACAGCCGCCGGCGGAUCGAAACGCACCAAGUCAGGAUCAGACAACUCCAUACGGAGAUCCCUGGGCUCCAGAACAAAUGGACGAGCAUUCGCCUGAAGAUCCUUGGGCAGAUGAUGAUGGAGACGAUGGUGGGGACGACUAUGAUUUCUUCUAG